UGGGCUGUUCUAAACUCAGUGUAACCUGAAGCAAGCCAUGAGAUAUCCCCUGGUUCCUCUGGUGAACGAGCUGACCUUUCCUCUGCUCUUCUUCUGGUUCUGUUUGCCGUUCGUAAUGCUGCUGAUCAUCGCCAUUAUCUGGCUGCAGGUGCUGCUCAAUGAAGCACAGAUGCCCAGCACAGAAAAGAUCAAGGAAGAAUCUCCUGAUGAGCCUGGGUCUGACUCUGAAGGUGAUCUAACAGAGGAGGAAAACCAGAGUGAUGCAUCCAGUACAGAGAUGCAAGAGGAGUCACAAUCCAGUGGAACUGUGGGAAGACUGAGGCCCAAACCUGCUUAUCUGAGCUCAAACCCAAAAAGCCAAAAGCAAAGUUUUCUUGCUGUAACCUCGAACAGCUGGUCCCAGAGGCAAAAGAUAAGCUGUUGUGCUCCUUGCUUUCUUCUCUCACCUGGAAUUUUGGCUGCCUGUUGCUCCAGACCUUUAACAUCUUGAGGACACUACUGCUGCCAUCCUAUCUGGUUACCUAUGUGGCUCAACUGUUUGCUUUGCUGGGUGAAAAAGCUGGGAAAAUCCUGGGCUCCCUGAGGCUGGAGAGCAGAGGACUGCUGCUUUCAGUGCUGGGCAGGAAACUGCAGCUGAGCCAAGCUCAGAGAACCAUCUCAGGAUGAAAAUAAAGCAGGGAGUGCCAUGGCAAUCCAGCUCAGCAUUGGUGACAGCUCCUGCAGCAUGGCAGAGAGUGGGCAAUUCUCUGAAAAAGAAACCCUCUGAAGACUAAGUCAGCACCUACUCAGCUCACCACAGCUGCUUUCAGAGAGUUGACUGCCUAAAUGUGAAAUGGAUGACAGCAGCCAAUUUCUUGUCCACUCUGCUCCCCUCCCACCUCAGGGGGAUAAACUCCUUUUUUGUAAGGACCAAGCACUUCACUGGCACCAGUGAUAGUUUCUACUCACCAACACUAAUCUUUGAUUUCAAAUAAGAUCAAGGCAAUCUCCCUCUGUAGUAAUUCUUACCAGAUUUUAAACACAAUGCAGCCAUAGGAUUAUUAUACUCAUAGUCCAAUUAGCACUUUUCUCAUCUGAAACUUGUCAGUUCUCAAAGUAGGAAAUGGCUUUUCAACAUUCAGAUCUAAGAAAUG